UGACAUGAGUGAACAAGAGAGAAGCGUAAUGGACGCUCGCCAUAGUAGUUGUGUAUCUCGCAUGUAAAAGUAUUUUUUCAUUAAAAUAUUCGUGUUAUAGAUUUAUUGUACAACUUGGAAAAGUUAUUCUUAGUUUAAUAAAUAAAAUUCAGUGAUUGAAAAUUAUUAAUAAACUUUGAAAUAUAUCAAGACGGACGUGGAAGAAUAAAAUUGGCCGGUGUGGAGAAAAAAUUCCGGCUGUUGAUUUUCUUUUUUUUUUUUUUGUUCUGUGGCACACAUAAUUAUCGGGAGUAGAAGAUGGAGGGAACUGGUAGAGGGAGAUCAAAUCUCCUGGAUCGAUUAAGACAGCAACAGCAAGAACUUAAAGCAAGACAACUUGCUCAGCAAGAUGAUAAACCUGAGGAGCCGCAACGAGUUCCAGAAGUUGCUUCAAUUCCAACUAUUGGACGUGGACGUGGUAUUGCUGCUCUUCUUGCUUCUGCUGAAGCUUCUAAAACAGCAGGACAAGAAUCAGCAUCACCUCCAACUCUGAAUAUUGGCCGUGGUCGUGCUGUUUUUAAACCAGAAUUAUCACCCCCCGAAUCUGUAGCACCAUCCUCCAUUACUUCAAUAAUUGGUCGUGGAAGAGGAAUCGCUCCAACGAUAUCAGUAAAAUCAACAACAACAACCACAACUUCAUCAGGUUCCACUCCAACAACUUCAACAUCACGUGAUGUGGCUGGUGUUCUUGCGCCAUUGGAGUCGUUAAGUCUCGCCGAAACAAAAUCCUCUGAAUUGGAUAUUAUUUCCAAACAAGGAGAAAGCGGAAAAUCAAUUGAAUUGACGUCUAAUUACAUUAAUUUGAGUAUAGAACCGGGAAAGGAAUUAAAUAUGUACGAGGUUAAAUUUAACCCCGACAUAGAUUCGCGUCCAUUGCGAAAUCGAUUACUCAAUCAGCAUAUUGAUUUUAUUGGAAAAACAAAAAAUUUUGAUGGGGCCUUGUUGUAUUUGCCGAAAAAAUUAGAUAAAGAAGUAACAAUAUUGGAGUCUGUUCAUCCUGCUGAUGAAACAAAAAUAAUUAAAUUACAAAUAAUAUUCAAAAAAACCCAAAGAAUGAGCGAGAAUGUUACAUUCUUUAAUAUUUUAAUUAAUCGCGUAAUGAAAGCAUUACAAUUGGUUAAAGUUGGUCGUAAAACAUAUAAUCCAGCUUGUGCACAUGAAGUGCAACAACAUCGAUUGGAAAUUUGGCCAGGCUAUGUUACGGCAGUUAAUGAAUAUGAGGGAGGUUUAAAAUUGUGCAUGGAUUCAAGUCAUCGUGUUAUGCGAACUGAUACUGUUCGCGAUUUAAUGAAAGAUAUUCAUAGAAAGAAUCCACAAAAUUUUAAGGAUAUGGUCACUAAUGAAUUACUUGGUACUUCAGUGUUGACGAGAUAUAAUAAUGAAACAUAUAGAAUAGACGAUAUUGCUUGGGAUAAAUCGCCGAAAUUUAGUUUCAAUAGAAAAGGACAGGAUAUUACUCUUAUUGAUUAUUAUAAAACACAAUGGAAUCUAACGAUUCAGGAUAAAGAUCAACCGUUAUUAGUGAAUCGAUCAAAAGAACGAACUUCCGAUGGACAGACUGUGGAGAGAAUGCUUCUUUUGAUUCCGGAAUUUUGCUAUUUAACGGGAAUUACGGAUGCAAUGAGAAGUGAUUUUCGAAUUAUGAAGGAUAUCCAACAAGUGACGGGUGUUAAUCCAAGUGGACGACGUGAUGUUAUAAGAAAAUUUGUAAAAAAAGUUAAAGAAACGGACGUUACAAGAGAAUUGUUAAACGGUUGGGGUUUACAAUUGGAAAAUGAUACAAUUAGAAUAACCGGAAGAGUAUUAGAUCCAGAAUUAUUGAUUUUUGGAAAUAAUAAAACAUUGUCGGCUGGACCAAAAGCUAAUUGGCCUGGAGCGACAAGAAUGCCUGUUUUACGCACUCCACAUUUGGAAUCUUGGUAUCUAUUGUACGAUAAAAAAGACGAUAGAAGGGCCAAAGAUUUUGUGCAAACAUUAAAAUUCGUUGGUAAAUCGGUUGAAAUGAAAAUAAUGGAACCGCAAAUGAUCGCUUUGCAAAACGAUCGUACGGAGAGUUUUUUGGGAAAAUUGAAAGAAAUAAUUAGGCCAAAUAUUGACAUGGUUGUAAUGAUUUUUCAAGCUCAACGACAGGAUCGUUAUUCGGCAGUAAAAAAGCUAUGCUGUGUGGAUAUGCCGGUUCCUUCACAGGUGAUUCUAUCAAAAACAAUUGGAAUGGAUCCGAAGAAAACAAAAAGUGCAGUGGAAAAAAUAGCUUUGCAAAUGAACUGUAAACUUGGAGGUGCUCUCUGGGCAUUGAAGAUUCCAUUUGAUAAAGUUAUGAUAUGUGGAGUCGAUGUCUAUCAUGCUGGUCCUGGAAAAGUGACACAUGGAAGUGCAGCCGGUUUUGUAGCAAGUAUGGACAAGGGAUUGACAUCAUGGUACUCGAAAAUUUGUAUUCAGACAAGAAAUCAAGAACUUGUUGAUUUGCUGAAAAUUUGUUUGAUUUCGGCUAUUAAAGCUUAUGAACAGAAAAAUGGAUGUUAUCCAGACAGAAUUUUCUUAUAUCGCGACGGAGUAGGCGAUGGCCAAUUAGAAGUUGUUACCAAGUACGAAGUAAAACAAUUGAUUUCGGCUUUUUCGCUCGUUGACGAAACCUAUUCUCCAAAAUUGACGAUUAUAAUUGUUCAAAAACGAAUCAAUACAAGAAUUUUAGCUGUACAAAAUAGAGAUCUUGACAAUCCACCACCAGGAACAAUUGUUGAUAGCGAUGUUACACGAAGAAAUCAUUAUGAUUUCUUUUUGGUUUCUCAACAUGUUGGCCGAGGCACUGUUUCACCAACACAUUAUAUUGUCAUUCAUGACAGUUCAAAUAUGAAGACUGACCACCUUCAAAGAUUGACAUACAAAUUAUGUCAUCUUUAUUAUAAUUGGUGUGGUACAGUAAGAGUACCAGCGCCAUGUAUGUACGCUCAUAAAUUAGCGUAUCUCGUUGGCCAAAGUAUUCAAAUGGAGCCAAAUGAAAAAUUGGCUCAUCAUUUGUAUUAUCUCUAAAAUAACGAAAGUUUUGUUACUGUUUGUUUCUUUUUAUUUCAAAAAAAAAAAAAAAUUUAAGGCCAAUAAGAUCUUAAUUUUUUUUUUUUAAAUAAAACUUCCGAUUAACGCGUUAUAGAAGUUUCUAGAAUAAAUAAAUUCUCCAUGAGAAAUUAUUUGGGAAAUGGAAGCCAAAGAAUAUUUUCCAUUAAGGGGACAUUCAUAAAUAUAUGUGAUAAUUUUUUUUUUUAAUUAAUAUGCAAAAAUUUGACUGUUCGAUGUUGUUUAAUAUAGUUUAUGAAUGUUUUCAUUUUUUUUUCCCAUGCUCAGUAUUUAUUAAAUUAUAUUUAUUGUUU